GGUCGACGUACUACUCGCUGCCCCAGUAAAAAGAAAACAGCUGAUUGAUUGUCAGAUUCAGUCAAGCCGGCCCGAGCCGGGCAAUGUGGCGAAAGAUUUCAAUCGUCAUUUUAAGCCCUACCUGUUUGCUGGUCCAUAAAUCCCACAUCGUCAGUCUCGUAUUUCGAUCUGAGGGUUUUGUUGGUUCAAAGAUAGAGUUAUGUCUUGGCAUUCGGACUUGGUUCAGAGGCAGGAUGAACAGGUUGAUACAGAAUAUGAUUCAGCCAUGGCUGGUUCGUUUACCGAGAAGACGCCUCUGUUGGCCCCACCAUCAAGCACCAUGCCUAGUAGGUCUAUGCAGUAUGUGGCAGCUUUAGCUGCCUGUUUAUCGGCUAUGGCGGUUGGAACUACUAUGUCGUGGACAAGUGCCGCUCAAAAGCCGUUAACAGAUGGUGCUAAAGGAGAUUUCCAAAUUAGUGAGACAGAAUUUUCUUGGGUUAGUGCCUUUCUGUCAAUUGGUGCUAUUGUUGGUGCCGUUCCACUUGGCUACCUCGCCAAUAUUAUUGGUAGAAAGAAAGUCAUUAUAUUUUUAGCUCCCAUUUUUGUUUUGGGUUACCUGCUACUUGCCUUUGCCAACUCGUACUGGAUGCUUCUUCUUGGAAGAUUUUUAUUGGGUGCUGUUACUGGAGCCUAUUGUGUAGUAGCCCCUAUGUACACAGGAGAAAUAGCUGAACCAGCUAUCAGAGGUGUCUUGGGGAGUUUUUUCCAGCUGCUUAUUACUGCUGGAAUCUUAUUUAUCUACGCAUUGAAUGCUUUGGAUGUACCGUUGUUAUGGGUCAACAUUGUGUCUGCAAUUAUACCAGCCAUUAUGGCUGGUUUGAUGCUUUUCUUUCCGGAUUCUCCAAGAUGGCACCUGUCUAAAAACCACGUCUCUGAAGCACAGUCAGCUCUAGAGUUUUUCCGUGGCACGCACAAUGUGAAUGAUGAAAUGGAUUCCAUUAAGCAGAGCUUGCAAGAGGACGCAUUAGCAAAACUGCCUUUUGUUCAAUCUUUUUCAACUCCUGCUGCCAAGAAGGGAAUGAUACUUGCACUAUCAGUUAUGUUAUUCCAGCAAUUCAGUGGGAUUAAUGCUGUCAUAUUUUAUGCUAGCAAAAUUUUUGAAGAUGCACAUGUCAAGCUAGAGCCUAGUCAAUCCACAGUAAUUGUGGGAGUUUGUCAGAUUAUUGCCACAUAUGUGUCAACUUUGAUAAUUGACAAAUUGGGAAGAAAGCCUUUAUUAAUCUUAUCUGGUGCUGUUAUGGCAAUCUCUGGUGCUGUCCUUGGUCUCUAUUUUUAUCUGCAACAAAAGACUACAGUGACUGCAGACGUGGACAUUUCAUGGCUACCCAUCCUUUGUAUGGUGGUGUUCAUUGUCGUGUUUUCUCUAGGCUAUGGACCUAUUCCUUGGCUGUACAUGGGUGAAGUUUUUUCCUCACAAAUCAAGGAAACUGGCAUGGCCAUUGCCACUGUGGUUAAUUGGUUGUCUGUAUUCAUAGUUACGAAAUUUUAUGGUGACCUACAAGAAAGUAUUGGUGGAUAUGGUGCAUUUUGGGUAUUUUCGGGCAUUUCUGUUCUGGGGUGCUUUUUCACAUUUUUCUUUGUACUUGAAACCAAAGGUAAGACAUUCGUUCAAAUUCAAAGAGAGCUUGGAGAUGAACAGGAUAAUUUACAGAGAGUGUAAGCAUUAUCUUGUUAAUAAUGUAAAUGUGUAUAUAACAAAAAUGUAAAUAUGUAAAUAUUUUUUAUCUAGUUUUUAUUUGUUAGAUUUUAAAGAAAUAUUGUUAAGUUAAUUUCAAUAAAUCUACGCUCUAUGAUUUUAUUCUUAGAAA